CUACAACGGAUGGCCGUGAUUGCCGGCGGCUACCGUUGCUUCGAUCCAAGUGCAAACGGCUCGAAGCUUACGGAAGUUCUUGCGAGUCGCGGCCAAUUAGCGCGUUGAGACGACAUGUACAGUAAGCGGAAUCUGCUCCAUGUUUCUAUGGUGGGCGUUUCGUAGGUAUCGUAUGGGGUUGAUUCUGGUUGGUGGAUGCCGUUCGUAUUCCAGGCCUUCAUACCGACCCUAUUUUCAGGUCCCAUCGAACCAGCGAAGACUAAGGGCAUGCUCUUUGACGAAUCUACUACACCUGAAUGAUAUACCAUACAGCCAGCAUGCCUCCAGCAGAUACAUGUUGAUCCGUCACCAGCCCGCAUACUGAUACAUAUCUCCCGCUUCCCAACAUCGUAAGCUUCAAGCUCCGACCUGCGACGGCCUCUCGAAC